AUUUCCAGUUAUUGACGUACAACAACAUAUGGCAACUACUCAAAGUAUACCAUAUAUCAACGUAAAGCAGUAAACGAUUACAACAACAACAAAUACAGAAAAAUCAGACGUAAAGUUACACCCACAAAAGCAUCCAUACCAGCACUGUCGUUAAGUCGAAACAAUUGAUGUUUCAUUGUAUUGGUGCUGUUUAUCUCUGCCGACGCUUUGAACAGAAUUUUAUUUGGCUUCGCAUUUAAAAAGAGUUUUCUUUAAAUUUCGACAUAACACUUUUUUAUAGCUAUCAUUCACUGCGCUUUCCGAAAGCGCUACCUCGUUGGGCGCAAUGAUAGCAAGCUACAAGUAUAGCAAUUGGUCGCGUAUAUGUUCGUGAGUGCCGUUAUAAAUAUGUGUGUAUGAGUUUUUGGCUUGCACCAAUGCAUCGGUGGCAUUUGUGGGGCAAACAUUUUUGUGCGACGGAAUAUUUGUGAAUAUAGAGUGUUGUUGGCAAUAUGUUGAACACGCCGACAUAUGUUUCCAUCGGGCCGGUGGAGGUGCCGAAAGCGCUGCAAGACGGCGAGAAGUUCGUCAAGUGGGAUGAUGAUUCGGGCACUGGCACACCGGUCACUAUGCGAGUGGAUCCCAAAGGAUACUAUUUAUAUUGGAUUGAUCAAAAUAAUGAGAUGGAUAUUUUGGACAUAGCGACCAUACGCGACACACGAACUGGCGCAUAUGCCAAAAAGCCAAAAGAUUCUAAACUACGUCAAAUUGUUACGCUUGGGUCACAGGACACAUUGGAGGAGAAAACUGUGACCAUUUGUCAUGGUUGUGAUUUCGUUAACGUCACAUUUGUAAAUUUCUGCUGUACCAAAAGAGAGAUUGCACAGCAAUGGUGUGAUGGCAUUAUGCGUCUGGCUUACAGUUUGGCCAGACUCAAUGGCUCAGCCAAUACGUUUCUGCAGAAGGCGCAUACCAAACUCUGCCUGCAGGUUGACAAAGGUGGCAAAAUUCCAGUGAAGAACAUCAUGAAAAUGUUCGCACAAAACAAAGAGGAUCGCAAGCGCGUGGAGAAGGCGUUGGACAUGAGUGGCUUGCCGUCGGGGAAAAUUGAGACCUUGUCCUUGCCGAAGUUUCAUUUCGAGGACUUUUUCAAUUUGUACAAGAAUCUCACGCAGCGCAGUGAAGUGGAGAAAAUAUUCGAUGGCAUCGUCGGCAAUUCUAAGCGCAAAUGCAUGUGCAUCGCGCAACUUGUCGAGUUUCUCAAUAAAACGCAACGCGAUCCACGGCUGAACGAGAUUUUAUAUCCUUACGCGAACGCAAGUCGUGCCAAGGAGAUUAUACAGGAGUACGAGCCGAACAAAUUCAAUGCGCAGAAGAACCAGCUGAGCUUAGAUGGUUUUCUGAGGUAUUUAAUGUCUGAUGACAAUCCGAUUGUGGCGCCUAGCAAACUGGACUUAUGCGACGACAUGGAUCAGCCAUUAUCACAUUAUUUUGUAAAUUCUUCCCACAACACUUACUUAAUAGGGCAUCAGUUGACAGGCAAAUCGUCGGUGGAAAUUUAUCGUCAAUGCCUGUUGGCCGGGUGUAGAUGCGUGGAAUUGGAUUUCUGGAACGGUCGCACUGAUGAGCCCGUUAUUGUGCAUGGCUACACGCUCGUUCCCGAAAUUAAUGCCAGAGACGCGCUGGAGGCGAUUGCUGAGAGCGCAUUCAAAACAUCGGAAUUUCCUGUGAUAUUAAGUUUCGAAAAUCAUUGCAAUCCAAGGCAACAGGCUAAAAUCGCCAACUACUGUCGUGAGAUAUUCGGUGAAAUGUUAUUAGAUAAACCGCUAGAUUCACAUCCGCUAGAGCCUAACGUUGAUUUGCCGCCACCAUCAUUACUUAAGCGUAAAAUUAUCAUUAAGAACAAACGAAAACAUCAUCACCACCAUCGUCACAAGAAGGGAGGCGCGACUGCGGCCCCAACCACGGUCAGCAAAUUGUCGACGGCGAACUCAGUUGAUGCAUCCAGCAAAGCAACAGCAAAUCACGCCACCACGCCGUCUGCCAUACAGCAGCAGGUCUCCGUGCAGGCUGACAAUGCAGCAGCAGCAGCAGCAGGCGGCUCGGCUAUAUCGACGCCAGUGUUGACUGGCAAUGGAGAUAUUAGCAGCACAGUUUAUCCGCCUCCACUGCAGCAAAUUCGUCAGAAUUCUAAGGACAGCACCGGUUCUUCGGAUACGGACAGCUCGAGCGACGAUGAGUCUAUGCCGAAUGUAACACCCAAUCCACCAGUAGGCGCCGAUCCAACAGCAGAAAAACCACAAAAGGAAACUGAAGCGGCAGCUGAGCUCUCGGCGCUGGUCAAUUACGUGGAGCCGGUGCAUUUUUACACAUUCGAAAAUGCGGAAAAGAAAAAUCGCUGCUACGAAAUGUCCUCCUUCGAUGAAAAACAAGCAACAGCGCUGCUUAAAGAGCGUCCAAUUGAAUUUGUCAACUACAACAAGCAUCAGCUGUCGCGUGUUUACCCGACCGGCACACGAUUCGAUAGUUCCAACUUCAUGCCGCAGCUGUUUUGGAAUGCCGGCUGCCAGCUGGUGGCGCUCAACUAUCAGACGUUGGACUUGGCUAUGCAGUUGAAUUUGGGCAUAUUCGAGUACAAUGACCGUUCGGGCUACUUAUUGAAGCCAGAAUUUAUGCGACGCACCGAUCGACGCCUGGAUCCAUUCGCCGAGAGCACGGUCGAUGGCAUCAUAGCUGGUACCGUGUCCAUUACUGUGCUGUCGGGCCAAUUUUUAACGGAUAAACGCGUCGGCACAUACGUUGAGGUUGAAAUGUUUGGCUUGCCCGCGGAUACCGUGAGAAAACGCUUUCGCACACGCAUUGUACGCGACAAUGGCUUGAAUCCGGUCUAUGACGAGGAGCCCUUUGUAUUCAAAAAGGUUGUGCUGCCCGAGCUAGCCAAUAUACGCAUCGCGGCUUAUGAAGAGGGUGGAAAAUUUCUGGGUCAUCGUGUGCUACCCGUUAUAGGCUUAUGUCCAGGCUAUCGACAUGUCAAUCUACGCACCGAAUUGGGCCAACCCUUGACGCUAGCAUCACUGUUUCUCUAUAUUGUUGUUAAGGAUUAUGUACCAGACGAUCUCUCCAAUUUCGCCGAGGCUUUAGCUAAUCCGAUUAAGUAUCAGAGUGAGUUGGAGAAACGCGAUAAACAGUUAGCCGUGCUGACCGAGGGCACCGAACCGAUCUCAUCAGAGGAGGACAUAACCAAUUCAUUCGUUUUUGUACAAGUAGGUGGCCAGAAGAAGGAGCUGCGUCCCGUUGAGUCCACGACAAUGAGUCCGAAGCAUCGCGCCAGUAUUACCACGGCCGCAACUUUGAACGUCGAUUCAAAUACUGGUGGUGAUCACGAUUCCGCCGAUGCGGGCACUGCCGGCGCACCCGGUUUUACACAUCAGCAUUCGCUGGACUCGACCGCACAGACAUCAAUACGGCAGGUGGAGUCGUCACAGUUCGAUGUGGAUUUGGUGCGCGCAGAGCCGCUGGAUAAGAUACUCGACAAUAAGUUGGUGCGCGAGAAGCGUUUCGAGCUGGAGAAGAAGCUGGAGUCGCUGCGCAAGAAACACGAUAAGGAGAAGAUCAAAAUCGCUAUGCAAAAAUCUAGUCCCAUGGAUGGUAAUAAGAAACCCAUGUUCAACAUUGCCAGCAAGCUAAAGAAACGUCUUAGCAAUAAGAAUCUUAAUUGUCUCGCCACUAGCGAUACGGGUGUGGAAGUGCCGGCCUGCUUUCCGGACAUUGGUGAUCUCAACGAGGACUGUGUGGAUGGUGCCACCAGCAGCGGUGGCGAGAGUCCCGCGCUGGUGACGCGUUCACAGCAAGAGCGUUUACUCGCCUCAUGUCGUGAUUAUUCAACGCAGUACCGCGACAUACAGGAGAAGUAUUAUGAAAUAAUCUAUGCUUUGGCAGACAAGGUGUUGCGCAAUUCGCAGGCAAAUCAAAUGAAACAGUUGAAAGCGUCACUUGAUCGUGUCACCUCGGAGGUAAUGCAUCAGCUGCAAGAAGCGCGUCGCACCGAGGUGAAAAACUUGUCAUCGGUUCAUCGUGAUCGCGAUGAGUUGGUUAGAAUGAAGCGUGAAGUGGCGAGCUCGGUGGUGGAGCGCGGUGUCGCUGAGCGCGUGCGUCUGAAGCAAACCUAUGACAAACGUACCGAUGACCUGCAAAAACAACACGAAUCCGUAAGGAAUGCAUUGACCGAGCAUCGAAGCAGGGCCCGACAAAUACUCGAAAAGGAAGCUGAAUCUCGAAUUUGCACCAUUAGUAAUGGCUUCUUGGUGCUUUUCAGCAGCGGCGGCGCUGCCACCACAUCGGUCACAAGCAAUAACCUCACAUUGAACUUAAACGGUGGCAACACCAUAUCGCCGGCACGUUCCAGCAAUAGCAUCACGAACAGCACCGGCGGCAGGAACAAAGACGAUUUGGGUGGCGGCGACGACGAAACCGGGGCCAACGCGCUCGCUGGUGCGGCAGCUGGCGUUUAAAGGCUGCCUCAACCGCGAUAUUACAUCAAAACAGUAUUUGCUCUUGCGAACCUAAAACAAGGCCGAAAAGGUGUAAAUCUAGCGUCAAAGUAAUAAGAUGAAAGCUGAAAUAUGGCAUAUAGGAGGCAAAAAGUUAAAUUCGUAUAAAAAUGGGUUCUGUAGUAGUAGUAGUGAUGUAGAAAUGCAAGUUAUUGGAUUAGAAUUGAAAAUGAUUUAGUUUAAAUUAAAUUGAAAAAAAAAAAAAGUGUUAUCUAAUAUCUAAAUGUUGGUUGUUGAUGUGAAAACUAUUUAUAAAACCUAAUUGUUAAUGAUAACUGUAUAACUGUAAAUGUAUGUGUGUACUAAGUAAAGAGUUAAAUAACCGCAAAAUACACACAGACAUUAUGUCACUCUGCAGUACGUUUAAACUGAUAAGUAAUAUUAUAUAUACAUAUUUAUAAAUGUAUGUACACAUAAAAAUAUGAAAAAUCUAAUAUAUAGUAUACGUGUUAGUUAAAGUCAAUAUGUAUCACACAUACUUAUACAAAUUAGUUGAAUUAAUUGUAUUUGUAUUUUAAACAAAAUCCACCACAUAAACAAAUAACACUAAACUAUAAAUGCUUAAGUACCGUUAUAUAGCAAGAUUAUCAAUGGGUUAACGUGCAUGUACUUUAAUGUACCUAUAAACAAUAAUUAACAUUUAGCUAUAAGUAUUGAAAAACAAAAGCAAACAUGUGUGGUAAAUUGUGUGAAAAAAAUUGUUGUGAACUUUCUACAUAGUUUAGCUGAUAGGUUUUAUGCUUCAUAGCAUAGCUUAUUUACAACAAAAAAUUUAUAAAACUUACUAUACAAAGGUGUUUAAACGGUAACUGAUGUAUAAGUGUCUUCAAAUUCCUUUGUUCAAAAAAAAUAUAAAAAUACACUAAAACGUCUAUACUAGGGUGAGCCAAAAAAAAUGAUAAAAUUGCGAAUUUUCCGUUUUCUAAACAUGCGAAUUUCGGAGUUCUAAAAAGACUUCCCCGAGGUAUAUUUUUUUAGGAAAUUUUUGGAAAAUAAAAAAGAAUUUCCCCUAGGUAGAUUUUUUAGCAAACUUUUUGCGCGUUGUGAAAAGGUUAAUCAUAACUUUUGGUAAUUUUGAUGAAAAUAUUUAUUUUUUGUUUUGUAUAAGUCCUCCAGAAUCCUUUGUUCAAAAACAAAAAAAAAACACUAAAAUGUCUAUACAAUGGUAAGCCAAAAAAUAAAAUAAAAUUACGAAUUUUCCCUUUUCUAUGUAUACGAAUUUAGGAGUUGUAAAAAAAAAUUUCCCGAAGGUAUAUUUUUUUGGGACAUUUUUUGUGCGUUGUAUAAAGGUCAAUGUUUAUCUUUUCAUAAGUUUUGGUAUUUUUGAUGAAAAAAAAUAUUUUUUGCUUUAGAUAGGUAUCUCCAAAUUGCUUUGUUCAAUAAAAAAAAAACAAAUAACUAAAACGCCUACACUAGGGUGAGCCAAAGAAUAAAUUAAAUUAUAAUUUUCAAUUUUCUAACCAAAUAUACGAAUUCUGGAAUUCUAAAAAAAAAUUCCCUGACGUUCCAUAGAUCUUCAUAUUUUUAAUUAAACCAUUUAUUUUUUGUUUUGUAUAAGUGUCUCCUAAUUCCUUUGUUAAAAAAUCAUUAGAAAGUCUAUAUUAGGGUGAGCUUAAAAAAAAUUAAUUAGUCUUAACGUUUCAUAUGCCUAGGGUGAGUGAAAAAACACUCGUGGUAUAUUUUUUGGAAAAUUUUUUUCUCUACAAGAAUCCACGUUGUAGAAAAUUGUAUGCUAAACAGUCCAAAAAAAUUACCUUGAGGUAUAUUUUUAGGGAAAGUUGUGGCUCUACAGGAAUUUUUUUAUUACAAGAAGCUCUUUUUUUUGUUUUUUUUUUGGCAAAACUUUGAAUGCUUCCUUAAUCCUCUAAAAAUAUAAUUAAAUGAAUCUAGAAACCUUGUCUUGCAGAGAAAUUUUACUCUCUGUAUAUAGGUUACCUUUAAUCCAUAAAUUCAAUAUCAGUAAUGUUUGACUCACCCUAGUCUAUAAUAUCUAUAUAAAUAUUUAUUUAUAUGUAGGUAUGUAGAUCAAAAAUGUAUAUAUUUUAUACAAUAUUUUACAUAAAUAUGCUUAUAAGUGCAACAGUUACGAAAAUAUAUCUAUAUCGGAGUAGAUCAAAAAACCUUUUUUUUUCAAAAAAUUAGUUUGUAGAUACCUAGAAAUAAUAUUUUCCCAUACUUUUCACUUUUUGCUCCAAAAAAUUGCGCUGUCUUAAUAUGAGCUCUUAAUAAUAACAUUAAAAUCCUCCGCUUUUCAGUUUCCUUUUUCAUUUUGCUUAUUAUUGGAAAGAAGAAUUCAUAUUUUUGCAAAGUCUCAGUAUUUCUUUAAUCGAAAAAUGUAUAAAAUAUAAAUAUAUUUAUCCUAAAUCAAUGAAAUUAACAAAUUUUCUCAAUGUAAGCACGCAUAGUUCUCACUGGGUAUCUUUACUUUCGUGAUCACCCACUCUUUUCAAGUCGACCACUUCAUUGAAGAAUAUUUUAUGCUUUUUAGUUAUUUGUCUCGCGUGUUCUACUCACUAACUCUCUUUUGUUGGUUUUGAAUAUAAAUGUUUUGUCAAGCGAGCAAUACCCAAAAUUAACAAGCAGAGAAAGGGUGCUUCGGUAACUGUUGGCACGAUUUCUCUCAGUUAAAUUUAUAUAGACUUACAUUUUUAAGCACAUUUUUUUCUAUUUCUAUGUGUAAAAUAUUAUAUA